UUAAUCACUACAAUUCCCAGCCUGCACCACAGUGGUUGGAGUUUGCGCAGUGAGUGGUCCUGUGUAGGCGAGCGGCGUGUCAGUGAACGGUCUGGUCAUCACCAUGGAUCCGGCCUGGCGUCAGCGGGGUCGUGGCCGUGGUCAGCCACAGGGUCAAGCGUCGCGACCUCAGAGAGAGAGGGCAGCAGCCCCGGCAGCAGAAUCCCCUAAGACUCCCAGUGGUGUGUGGGCUGGAGGAGGGAGAGGAGGAGAUGGGAAAGGGAGAGGAGGAGAUGGGAGAGGGAAGAACACUACAGCUCCCACACAGCUACAGUCUGUUAACAGAGGGAAGAACAUGGCAGCACCUUCGCAACACACUGCGUCGAGCCAAUCCAAGUUUGAGGAGAUCAGGAAGUCCAACCAGGCUGCUGCUCAGCGAUUGGUUCAGAGCCAGUACAGCUCCUCCUCAGACGAUGAUGUCGAUGAUAUAGUUGAUGAUGGUGGGAAGGUGGAGGGGAAGGACGGUAAACGAGGGAAGAUUCUGUCUUCGACGCUCACCACCUACACGGACCAGACUGGUGGAGAUGUGACAGACCUAGAGAGAACUCGUCAGUACCUGAGUGAUGCGUUCCAGUCCGGUGCCAUCACCUGCCUUAUCUGUAUCGCCUCCGUCAAGAGAACCCAGGCUGUAUGGAGUUGUGCUGGUUGUUUCUGUCUGUUCCAUAUCCCCUGUAUUCAGAAGUGGGCUAAGGACUCGGUCUUUCUCCUCUCCUCUGUCACUGAUGAAGACUUUGGGAAGAAAGAUCACCCCUGGCCUUGUCCUAAAUGUCGUUAUGAGUACAGCCCCUCCCAGACCCCCUAUAGGUAUGUCUGUUACUGUGGGAAGGUACAGGAUCCUCCUCUGGACCCAUGGCUGUUACCUCACUCCUGUGGGCUGGUCUGUGACAGAGCCUUGAACCCAGCCUGUGGACACCACUGUCUGCUGCUCUGUCAUCCAGGUCCCUGUCCGCCUUGUCCUAAGAUGGUAUCAGUCAGCUGUAUGUGUUCUAAGGCCAUGCCCGUCCCGCGUCGCUGUAGCAACAAGCCCUGGAGCUGUCAGAAGACCUGUGGCAAGACUCUGCCCUGUAAACAACACGCCUGUAACAGCAGCUGUCACUCAGGUGUGUGUGAGCCGUGUCCGAGGGUCAGUGUCCAGAGGUGUGUCUGUGGACAGGAGGAGGCAGAGAGACAGUGUGCCAGCCCUGUGUGGCACUGUCAACAGGUAACACACCUGAAUACAUACAGCCCUGUCAACAGCUGCUAUCCCUGUCCAGAGACACUGGAUGUGAAGUGUGUGUGUGAAUCCACCUCUCUGACUGUUCCCUGUGGGAGGGAGAGGAGUACCAAGCCUCCACGCUGCAAAGAACUGUGCAGGUCUCCCCCAUCCUGCCACCACCCCAGCAGAGAGACCCAUCGCUGCCACCCUGGUCCCUGCCCGCCCUGUCGCCAGGCCUGUCUCCUGGCCCUGAACGAUGCCAAACCCUGUCCCCAACCCUGCCACGACCAGGUUAUGGUGAAGACCAGCGACAGGGUCCUAGCAGGCCCGUGGGAGCAGUCGUCAGAACCUGCGUUUGUCCGUACUCUCCCCUGCCCGCCCUGCCUGGUCCCUAUACCCACGGCCUGUCUUGGAGAGCAUGAGGUGAGCCCGGUCCCAUGCCAUCGUCGAGGGCCUUUCUCCUGUAAGCGUGUCUGUGGUCGAACUCUGACCUGUGGUAACCAUAGCUGCACCAAGGACUGUCACCGUGUCACCGCGACAACCAACAAACUACAGGCGGGUCCAGAGUGUGUGGUGUGUGAGGAGGGGUGUGUUAACCCUCGCCCCCCUGGCUGUCCCCACCCGUGCCUGUUGGCAUGCCACCCGGGGUCGUGCCCCCCCUGCCAACAGAUGACCCGACAACGCUGUCACUGCAAGAUCUCCCUGCUCUACAUCGACUGCCUGACGUUCAGAAGUGCGGAAGAUGAGACUAAAGCUCAUCUGGGGUCCUGUAAGAACCAAUGUCCUAAACAGUUGAGUUGUGGUCAUCAUUGUAAGGAUCUGUGUCACCCAGGACAUUGUGAGGAUAAAUGUUCCCACAGGGUCAAACUGAAGUGUCCCUGCAAGAGGAUUAAAAAGGAGCUGCUGUGUUAUAGAUCCAGACAGGACCAGACUGGUAUAUGUUAUUAAUACUGUAGUGUCUAUGUCAUGAUGUAGGAGCUGCUGUGUUAUAGAUCCAGACAGGACCAGACUGGUAUAUGUUAUUAAUACUGUAGUGUCUAUGUCAUGAUGUAGGAGCUGCUGUGUUAUAGAUCCAGACAGGACCAG